AUGGCUGCGGCACCGACGCGCAAUGACCGUCGAGUCAUCCUUCACCUAGACUACGACUGCUUUUAUGCUUCUGUCUUUGAAGCAGAGCAGCCAGCGUUGAAGUCACUUCCUCUGGCGGUGCAACAGAAGCAAAUUGUGGUGACCUGCAAUUAUGAAGCCCGCCGGCGGGGCUUGCAGAAGCUCCAACUCAUCAAAGAUGCGAAACGUAUCUGUCCUGACGUUGUAGUUGUGCUGGGUGAAGACUUGACCAAGUUUCGAGAUGCCUCGAAGGAGCUGUAUUCAUUUAUUCGGGGCUUUGUUUGGGGUGAGCGAGUCGAGAGGCUAGGCUUUGAUGAGCUUUCUUUGGACGUUACGGAAAUGAUCGAUUACAACCUGCAGGUCUUGAACCCAAACGAUCUCACACGCGCCUUUUUCCAUUUGGAUCCGAAGGACCCCACGAUCGGGUUUACCUACGAUGCAACUCGUUAUCUCGGGAGGACAUUCCCACCGAUCCCCGAGGAGGUGACAAAACCAUCAAAGAUGGACUCGCUGGACUUGAGGUUGCUUCUGGGUUCUCAUCUCAUGGGACAUCUUCGUGCUCGCAUGGAACACGACAAGGGCUUCACAGCUACUGGGGGCGUUUCAACUUCCAAAUUACUGGCCAAGCUGGUCGGUAGUGUGCAUAAGCCAAACCAACAGACAACUUUAAUUCCGCCCUACGAGGCGGGGACCUCUUCCUCGACGGAGGAGAGCAAUGUUUCCCAAUUCAUGGACGCCCAUGAUAUUCAGAGGAUCCCGGGGAUUGGAUCACGGCUCGCGCAAAAACUGAGACUCAAAGUCACGGGCAGAAGCGAUGGGGAAAAGAAACUGACUGUUCGAGACGUCAGGGUCUUCCCUGGUAUGAGCCCCUCCGUACUUGAGAAGACUCUAGGUGGUCCCGGUGCGCCAAAGGGAAUCGGCAUCAAAGUGUGGGGGAUUCUUCACGGAGUCGACCAUACCGAUGUCAUGGAAGCACGCGACCUCCCCACCCAAAUCAGCAUUGAGGAUACCUACGGUCGCGGGCGCCUCGCUACGGCCGAGAAUGUCCGGCGUGAAUUAACCGUCCUGGCUAGAAGUCUGAUCCGUCGGAUGAGGACGGAUCUGCUAGACAAAACCGACGGCGACGAGGCUGAGUCUCGAUGGCUGGCCCAUCCUCGGACUCUGCGAUUAUCGACCCGUCCACGCAAUCCUCCAGAGACAGAUGGUGCCCGUUCGUACAAUUGGAAUCGGAUCUCUCGAUCGGCUCCACUGCCGAGCUUUGUCUUCCACGUUGACGAAACCGUCGAUUCGAUCGCCGAGCGACUGGUUCAUGAACACGCGAUGACCAUGUUUCGCAAACUCCAUCCUGACAGGACCGGGUGGGAUCUCCAGCUGAUGAAUCUCGCGGUCACCAAUUUGGUCGAGAGUGCAGGGGAUCAGAAGCAAAGUAGUGGGCGAGACAUUGGCAAGAUGUUCCGUCAGCAGGAGGCAGUGCUACGGAACUGGUCGGUGCACGAGUCAGAUCCGGCGGAAGCGCGGGGAGCGGUUGGCCAUCGAGCCACUCCGAGUCCAUGCCAAGCCACUAGAGGCGAAGAAAGAAUGCAGCAGCCUGGCGAUGAUACCAGCGCUGCAGCAGCAGCUUGGGCAAAGAGCCCACUGGAGAAUCAGGACUGGCUGGACGAGGAGGAAGAUGAAGAAGACGAAUGCGACCAACUGUGGCGAGUGAGUCCGGCAAAUGUGGUGUGUUCACUCUGUGGCGCCGUGAUGCCGCACUUUGCCCAGUUGGCACACCAGACCUUUCACGCCGCCGAGAAAAGCGAGGAUUGA